UUAAAUGCUCUACUAAAGAUCAGACCCUUGCGGAAGUUGAGCUGGUCUCUAACGAUAGGGCAGCACAGCAACGUGAAAGAACAGGUGUUCAAGAAGAAGCAGGGAACAGCAGGCAGGAGAAAUUCAUGUGAAAGUUUUAAACGGGAAGAGUUUAUCGCUCAGUACACUCCUAAGGACUUUACAGAAAGAAGUCUAGGAACAUUUGCACGGCACUUCUUUUUUUUUUACGGAGAAGACCAUUUCUAUUGCUUUGCUUCUUAUCAUGUAUAAAAAACCCUCUGCUGAUGUGUCUUUGGUAUCCAAAGGCAGUUACCUUCCAAGGGAAUCACAGGGCAUGCUGAACUCAAAUGACUAUAAACCGCCUGACAGAAGAGAAAAAGUGGUUCUAAAAAAAAAAGUAACUUUGUUACGAGGCAUUUCAAUAAUAAUUGGGACCAUUAUCGGAGCUGGAAUCUUCAUCGCCCCCAAAGGAAUUCUGCAGAAUACAGGGAGCGUAGGAAUGUCUCUAACUGUCUGGACAGCUUGCGGCAUCCUUUCACUAUUCGGUGCCCUGUGCUACGCAGAACUUGGAACAUGUAUCAAAAAAUCCGGAGGUCACUAUACCUAUAUUUUGGAGGCUUUUGGUCCCUUGCCUGCAUUUGUAAGGGUUUGGGUAGAACUAUUAGUCAUACGCCCAGCUGCGACAGCAGUGAUAUCCCUCGCAUUUGGACGCUAUAUCCUGGAGCCCUUUUUCAUACAAUGUGAAAUACCAGAACUUGCUAUCAAACUGGUGACAGCUUUGGGCAUAACUAUAGUUAUGGUCUUGAACAGCCUAAGUGUCAGCUGGAGUGCACGGCUACAGAUUCUUUUGACCUUUUGCAAGCUUAUAGCCAUUCUAAUAAUUAUAGUUCCUGGAAUUAUGCAGUUAAUUAAAGGAGAGACACAGAACUUCAAAGAUGCCUUUAUUGGGAAAGAUGUCAGUGUAAUGGGGUUACCCCUGGCAUUUUAUUCUGGAAUGUAUGCAUAUGCUGGCUGGUUUUAUCUGAAUUUUGUUACUGAAGAAGUAGAAAAUCCAGAAAAAAAUAUACCACUUGCAAUAUGCAUAUCAAUGGCAAUUGUUACAGUUGGCUAUGUACUAACAAACGUGGCUUACUACACUACUAUUACUGCAGAGGAGCUGCUUCUUUCCAACGCCGUUGCUGUGACAUAUGCAGAGCGUCUCUUGGGUAACUUUUCCCUUGCAGUUCCCAUCUUUGUUGCGUUGUCUUGCUUUGGUUCCAUGAAUGGUGGUGUUUUUGCUGUCUCCAGGAUGUUCUACGUUGCCUCUCGUGAGGGUCACCUUCCAGAAAUUCUCUCUAUGAUUCAUGUUCACAAACAUACUCCAUUGCCAGCUGUCAUUGUUUUGUAUCCACUAACAAUGGUGAUGCUUUUCACUGGGGAUAUCUACAGCCUUCUGAAUUUCCUGAGUUUCGCUAGAUGGCUUUUCAUUGGAUUGGCUGUUGGAGGACUCAUUUAUCUGAGAUACAAACGGCCUGAGAUGCAUCGCCCUUUCAAGGUACCAAUAUUUAUACCAGCACUAUUUUCCUUUACCUGUCUCUUCAUGGUUGCCUUGUCACUCUACUCGGACCCCGUCAACACAGGGAUCGGCUUUGCAAUUACACUGACUGGAGUACCGGCUUACUACCUCUUUGUCAUAUGGGAUAAGAAACCAAAAUGGUUCAAGACAUUCUCAGACAAAGUGACCAGGAUCUUGCAGAUAAUUUUGGAAGUUGUACCGACCGAAGAAAACGUUUCCUGAGAAGCUAGUUUGCUGGAAGAUAUGCAGUCCUGUUAGUUCUUCAGUAAAGCC